CUGGGACGGCCUGGCCGGCAUGCUGGGUGUCUGCGGUGGAGGAGGAACCAGAGGACGUUCACGUCUUCAGCUGUGUCUGUGGAGCGAAGACGUUCCCAUGAUGCACUCUGAGGGGAUGAUGGGAGCUGACGGCGGCUCGGUGGGGACGAACCCCGAAAACAGGACUGACCUCUGAACCCGAGAGACACGCUGAACACGGUGUCAUGGACGACGUGGAUCCAUCUCCUCUGCGGCGUUUCGUGGUGGCGAAACGUUCAAUCACCUCCAUCUUUGAUCAGCUGCUGGACUUUGUGAAGGAUGGCUCCGCCUUUGUGGACGAGGCGUGGCGUGGCGAUGACCUGGGUCAGGUGGCGGUGGAGGAGCAGAGUCUGGAGCUGCAGAGCUGUGCCACCAAACUGUGGACCAUCAGGGAGGUUCUGCUCAGGAGACACAUGAAGGUGGCGUUCUUCGGCAGGACGAGUAACGGGAAGAGUACAGUGAUCAACGCCAUGCUCAGAGACCGAGUGUUGCCCAGCGGCAUCGGUCACACCACCAACUGUUUCCUGAGGGUGGAGGGAACCGACGGAGAUGAGGCUUACCUCACCACUGAGGCGUCCAAUGAGAGGAGGAGCGUCAGCGUACGUCCAACACAGAGGCCUUAAAGGGACAGUACCAAAUGUUGGAACUAGAGGGGGGGACAGGAGUGGAUUUCUACGUCCCAAUCCUGGAAUAAUGACUCCUGCCCCCUCCCAAUCCUGGAAGAAUGACUCCUAUCCCCUCCCAAUCCUGGAAGAAUGACUCCUGCCCCCCCCACCCCCCAAUCCUGGAAGAGUGACUCCUGCCCCCUCCCAA